AUUACUGUACCUAAAUAAGAAACACAGAUAGAGGAAAAACAAUCCGGACAGUGUCGCCUUGUCACCGUGCGUAAAUGGAGACUCGUUUGUAUGACCGUGUGGUGAAAUAAUAGCCGACCUAUGUAGCCGUUAAUUCUAUUGGCGCUCUAUUAUUUGUAAAUGUAUGAUUGUGUCAUUGUUCUUAUUUCGUUCUGUCAAUAACUCAACAUCGGUAAUAACUCAUGUCCUGUCCCAUUACCCGAUAGCCCCUCUGGUCUAGAGGUAGCUUUCAUACUGCUUCACAGGCAUACUUCCUUAAUACUGCUAUAUGAGUGAUGGCAAUGCCAGUAGUAGAAUCUGACAGUAGCAGUGGUGUCAUACAUCUACGGAACCGUAGCAGUAACAGCACCAGCGUUCGCGACAAAACCUCCAGGGCACCGGAGCGCAAUGGUUAUGUGAAAACAAGUUUCAUCCAGCCACUGCCCGACAGUCGAGAUCGAGAUGGUGAUGGCUCAUAUGGGUCGUGCAUGGUGAGGCUCGUGUUCAAGAUAUGGAGUUCGGAAAGACUCCGGUGUGUAGUAUGUGUGGGCUCACUGUCUGUUUUUCUCGCUCUGGUGGUUAAAUUAGCCGACUGGAGGACUGAGCUCAGUAGCAGCGGUAACAGUAACAGCAGGCUGCACUACGGCUCUCCUGUUCAUUUCGUGUCAGGCUGCGCAGGGGAGUUGUUGCUAACUCUCUGGCAUCUGAUCUCGCCUGUAUUUACCCUCGUAUGUGCCUUAUUUUGGGUGGGUUUGCAUUUGAUCCGCUGCGGAGUGCUUAUCCAAACCGCCCUUUUCCUCCUCACACUUUGCCACCUGGGAGAGACAGCGGCGUGGGCUCUAGUGCACGGCGGGAUUUGGACGGAUGAACAACAGCCGUUUUCCUUCAGCACGUCAGCGGCCGCGGUCGUGCUCGCCUGCCUGGCAACCGGCACACUCAUGGUAGCGCGGCUCAAGCACGGCAUCUCGAUCAUAGUGUUCGUAAGCGUCGUUCGGACUAUCUCGCUCAUCUCGCUGCACAAAGUCCGGGCUACUUGGAGACCUUACGUGGCGUACCUGGUGGGAGUGUUGGGCAUCCUACUGGCGAGGUAUGCUGAUAGUCUACUUCCGAACCAAGGGAUACCCAGGGAGGGCUGUACCCCCUCUGUGACUGGGACGAGGGAAGGGGACGAGACCCCUGUGUUUAAAAGGCGAAGGAGGUCCAGUUCUGUGAUUUCCACAGACAUGGCACACAGUCAGUCCAACAGCAAGUCACACAGGAGGACCUCGCUGCCAUGCAUUCAGAGGGACCAGAUGCCAGAAUGGGACAACAAAAGAAGCUCAAGAGGAUCUCAGUCGUUGGGCACCAGUGUGGUGGUGGAUAUAGCUGUGAUGGGCGAGGCCCACGGCCUGAUCUCAGACCUGCUGGCGGACCCCUCGCUGCCCCCCAACACCUGCACCUCCCUCCGUGCCGUCAGCAGCCUGCUCACCACUCAGCUCAACUUCCAGCCCCUGCACCGUCCGCGCCUCGCUCCCCUGGGCGUCAACCUGGGAGACGCCUACAUCUGCUCCGACUCAGAGGAGGGGUCUGAGAAGACAGGGGAGAGGACCAAUACCUUACCUAAGCGUCUGCGGCGUAGCCUGCACCCGGGGCUGUUGAGGAGGAUCUCCUCCACAUGGACCACCACCACCUCAGCUACGGGCCUGCCCACCAUCGAGCCUGGACCAGUACGCAGGCCCAGCAUCAGCAUCAAACCCUUCCACGAACCGCUCACCUGCAGCUGUGGGAGACCGUACAUAAAGCUGAGCCAUGAGGAGGGAUCCAUGGACAAAGGGGACAGGAUACACCGGACAGAGGAUCAGGUGGUGGCAUCGUCAGACUACGACAGUACCCACGAGGCCAACCACAGCGACAGCAGCGACGUAGCGCCGACAGAGGAGGGGGGCGAAGAAGGGGGCAAAAACACCCCCCAAAACCUCAUCAUGCUACCUGCAGAGGAAAAGCCCCAGCUGGCCCCAGAGCCAUUAGUCAUGGAGGACUUGGAGCCCCUAAUGAGCCAGCUAAACCACUGGAACUUCCCCAUCUUCAGCUUGAUGGAGAAGACCCAGGGCAAAUGUGGCCGCAUCCUCAGCCAGGUUUCUCACAGGCUUUUUGAAGACACAGGCCUAUUUGAGACCUUCAAGAUCCCGGUUCAAGAAUUCAUGAACUACUUUCAUGCUCUGGAGAAUGGCUACAGAGACAUACCAUAUCACAACAGAAUCCACGCGACAGACGUUCUCCAUGCUGUCUGGUACCUCACCACACAGGCCGUACCAGGUCUGCCUAGCCUCAUCACUGAUCAUUGCUCUGCCAGCGACUCAGACUCUGACAGUGGCAUCACCCACAGUCACAUGGGCUACCUGGUGUCGAAGACCUACAGCGUGUCGGAGGAUGGGUAUGGUUGCCUGUCGGGGCUCAUCCCAGCCCUGGAGCUCAUGGCUCUCUACGUAGCAGCAGCCAUGCAUGACUAUGACCACCCUGGGAGGACUAACGCCUUCCUGGUGGCCACAAGCGCACCACAGGCAGUGUUGUAUAACGACAGGUCGGUGCUCGAGAACCACCACGCCGCCUCGGCCUGGAAUCUGUUCAUGUCCCGUCCAGAGUAUAACUUCCUGGUCAACCUGGACCACGUGGAGUUCAAACGCUUCCGCUUCCUGGUCAUAGAGGCCAUUCUUGCCACUGACCUCAAGAAACACUUUGACUUCCUGGCAGAGUUCAAUGCCAAGGUAGGCGAUGACGUGACGAGGGGUAUUGAUUGGUCCAAUGAGAACGACAGACUGCUGGUGUGUCAGAUGUGCAUCAAGCUAGCGGACAUCAACGGCCCACUGAAACACAAGGACCUGCACCUACAGUGGACCAAGGGCAUCGUCGAUGAGUUCUAUGAACAGGGUGACGAGGAGUCCAGCCAGGGCCUUCCCAUCAGCCCCUUCAUGGACCGCUCUGCUCCUCAGCUGGCUAAGCUCCAGGAAUCCUUCAUCACCCACAUCGUAGGACCGCUCUGUAACUCAUACGACUCCGCAGCACUCAUGCCCGGACGUUGGGUGGAGCCUAACCCCGAGGAGGAGGAGGAGCACGAGGAAGAUGAAGAGGAGGAGACGACAGAGGAUGAAGAUGGGUCUACUAGCUCAGAGGCAUCGCAGAAAGCCAAAGCAGCUCCCAAAAAGAGGAGGAAAGUGUUCUGUCAGAUCACCCAGCACCUGAUGGACAACCACGAGAUGUGGAAGAAGGUGAUCGCAGAGGAAACCCCCAAGCAAAACAAUGUAGCUGAGCCAAUCCUAUCCAUCCACGAGGAGGAGGAGGAGCCAGGGAGCAGGGAGGAUGUAGUGGAGGGGGAGGAGCCAGAAGAGGAAGGGGAGGUGCCAGAGGAGGAAAUAGACGAGGAGUGGCCAGCGCCCCCGCAGGACGAGUCUGAACCUGCAGAAGAGGCGGGGCCAGAGUGAGGGCCCCAAAGGCUCAUGGCAAGUGCUAUUCGGGAUCCUUGGGAUAUUGCUACCCUAAACCCUAACCCCAACCCUAAACUUAACCAUAACCCUUACCUAACCUUAACCCCUUACCUAAACCAUUUUAAAUGUAAACUUAAAUGGGGUAGGGAUGUCCCAAGGAUCCCAGAUAGCAAGGACCAAAGGCUCAUGGGAAUGAAACUAGGCAGCCGUAAGCCCGAGCCAGAACAUGAAAUCACUUUUUCUAUCCUAUUGACAAACAGGCUGACUGAUUUUAUUAUUUUUUUGCCAGCACAUUCACUUAGACACAACACUGUAGAAGUUUGGGACAUUGUGCCUAAUGAAAAUGUAACACAGGGUGGGAGAUAUUUACUUGUGGUUUACACAUUUUAUAUAUAAAAACAAAGAAUACAAGUCAGGUUCAGAAACAUCGGUCAAUCGUCCUCUUGAGGAACUAUCCGUUAUUACAAUAACUUACAGGAUCAUAUACUGGACGUAACAAACUGGUGUAAGAAGUCAGGAAAUACUCAGACUCUUUUUUGCUACCGUCAAGAGCGGAUUGAGACUUAGUCAUGAAGACCUCAAACCCAUUGUGUAAACAACGGACUGCAGAGACUGCCGCCAAUUUAUAUAUAAGAAAUAUUUUCUAAAUGCAAUUAUACUUAAACAUCACAUGCACCUGUACUCAUGUGUUUUGUUUAGGGGGGGAUUUUAAGUAUUUUCUCUGGGUCUGAUAAGUCUCAGUAAUAUGGUUCUAUUUUUACUAUGUGGAUUGAGAAGGGAAAAAUUUGACUGAACAGCUUCAUACAAAUCUACAUUUUCCAUCUUUAUUAAAUGUUCUUUAAUUGAUUCCACAAUGCAUCUCACACCUAUAUUCUGUAAGCACACGACAGCAAACAUGCCCUCUAGGCAUCUUUUGUUUUACUGACAAACUGAAACGGUCGGUAUAGCCCACCCUUUUAAUAAGGCCCCUCUAGGAUCUAUGACAUCGACAGAACCAUCAGCUGGUAACAUUUCUCAUGUCAUGGUACUCCAGGUGAGCAGAACCUAUGACUUCAGUCCAGGGUCUUUUUUGACCAAUGGCUUGGUUCAGAGGAAGUUGGAACACACUACAGGGUCUUUUUUGACCAAUGGCUUGGUUCAGAGGAAGUUGGAACACACUACAGGGUCUUUUUAGACCAAUGGCUUGGUUCAGAGGAAGUUGGAACACACUACAGGGUCUUUUUGACCAAUGGCUUGGUUCAGAGGAAGUUGGAACACACUACAGGGUCUUUUUGACCAAUGGCUUGGUUCAGAGGAAGUUGGAACACACUACAGGGUCUUUUUGACCAAUGGCUUGUUUCAGAGGAAGUUGGAACACACUACAGGGUCUUUUUGACCAAUGGCUUGGUUCAGAGGAAGUUGGAACACACUACAGGUGUCAGGAGAGGAGUCAGAAAAAGAGAUGUUAGUACUGUAGGUCUUAUGAGUGUUUCUCUAAUACAGUUAAAGAAAACAGGCUUGUGUGCCUGCUAAGAUAAUAUAGUCCUAUGACUAUAAGGCAUAGUUCCUCAACCUAACUCAAAGACAGGAUUCUUCCUCUACUACCAGAUAAACUGAUUACAUAGAUCACCAGGAGACAAAAUACUGUUUUUUACUACUUAUUGACUAUUGAUUCUCGUUUCAGUAACCCAAUAGACACAAACAGUUAUUUUAGUUUGCUUUUAUUUAACCAGGUAAGUCAUUGAGAACACAUUCUCUUUUACAAUAAUGACAUACAGGUACAUGGUAACACAGGAUCACACACACACACACACACACACACACACACACACACACACACACACACACACACACACACACACACACACACACACACACACACACACACACACACACACACACACACACACACACAGUAUACGAUCUCUAAGCCAUACAAGGAGGAACCAUUUACUGUGAGGUGGUUUUAAGGGAGAGAGCAGAGUAGCACAUAAUGGUCCUAGCUUUGACAGCCAGUCUCCAUCCUAAAUGGCACCCUAUUCCCUUUAUAGUGCACUACUUUAGGCCAGGACCCCAUGGUACCCUAUUCCCUAUAUAGUGCACUACUUUUGACCAGAGCGAGCCCCUCCCCUACAGAGCCCCCCCCCCUUCUAUUAACAUGUGAACACACACCGUAAAUAACAUUACACACAACAGAUCAAUGACAAGGCUCCUCUCUGUGUACUGCUGCCAAACACUACUAUAAACACUGUGUAUGCUUUAGGGGUGAACUGGGUAAGGUGAAUUAAUUGCCUAUGCUCCUUGUACAUUUUGGGUUCCCUCACCUUUCAUCCCAAAUUUUACAUCGUUCUUUUACAUUAUCUUUCUCAAUCAGGUUUUUAAUAAUUCUUCCAAGUGAAAAUAGCUGAUUGUUGAUAUGAUGACUUGUUUAGUGCGUUGCAUCGAUAGCAUACUCAGUACAGUAUAUGGGAUAAGCUACAUAGUUGUAGUGGUUAGCAACACUUUAUGUAUGCUAUAUAAAGCCUUUAUAGGUUGUAAGUUGUAAAGGACUUUUUAAAAUGUAUUUUUGGAUUGGAAUCCAGGUUUAUGUAGAGUUUAAUCCAGAGCCUUCCUGCAGGAAAAAAAGACCCCAUGUUCAGGACUUCAGUGAACUUUCUAGUGGCAGACACAAACAUUUCAUCCAUUCAUGUUCCUCAGAGACAAAGGGCCAUACUGUAUGCAACGCUUGGCUUCACUAUAGAUGCAGUAAAGAGGUCAAUGGAAUGCAUACCGUGGGCGAUGGAAGGACGCUGGACUUGCAGACAUUUAACAAAUCUGAUCCAUCAAAGUGGAUAUUGGUCAAAUCAGUCAUGAUGCAUUGGUAACGGGCCCACAAUGUGGUUACUAAAAUCUGAUGUGGAUAUAUUUGGCUGUUUUCACCUCAUAACAUGUAAAAGUUGUCCCUUUUCAGGUUUCGAAGAAGUGACUGCUAAAUGCUAACUCCUGUUUGUGUAAGCUGGUAGCGUAGCUAGCAUACAGAAAUCAGUGGUUGUAGUCAAAAGUCGUUUUUUAAAAUUGUAAUGCAGUUGAUUGAUGACGAUGACAUCAACAUGUAUGGGGGUUGACAUCUAUACAAGCAUUAUACUCUGAUUUUUACCUCAACAUAGUGUGGAAUACACAUGUAAACAACAGUCUAAAUGUAGGAUCAUUUGGCUGGGGGGGAAAUGAGGAGAUUCGGGAUCUUUCUCGCAUGGCAUCUUUCCCCCACACGUUUCCAUGGCAUUUCCAUUGUUUUGGUCGAGUUCCAUUGACCUCUUUACCAUCUGUUCUUUCUAUAUGGUCUUUAUUAUUUAACUGAAUGACACUGUGUGGCCAACAGGUUACCAUUUACAUGAUAUGAUUCUGAAUGACACUGUGUGAACAGCAUGUUACCAUUUACAUGAUAUGAUUCUGAAUGACACUGUGUGAACAGCAGGUUACCAUUUACAUGAUAUGAUUCUGCAUUACAUGUGGUCUAAGUCUUUCUAUAAACUGGGUGGUUUGAGCCCUGAAUGCUGAUUGGAUGAAAGCUGUGGUAUACCAGACCGUAUACCAUGGGUAUGACAAAACAUACAUUUGUACUGCUCUAAAUACGUUUAUAAUAGCAAUAAGGAACCUCGGGGGUUUGUGGUAUAUGGCCAAUAUACCACGGGCUAAGGCCUGUAUCCAGGCACUCAGCAUUGUGUCGUACAAGAGAACAGCCCUUAGUCGUGGUAUAUUGGCCAUAUACCACACCCCCUCGGACCUUAUUGCUUAAAUCACACACAUCAUAACAUAUGGUCAGUCUCUCUCAGUGUUUUUCUGUGAUAUCAAACAACGCUGUUGCCACCACCUGUGAAACUGCAAUAUGAUAUGUCUUUUCCAUUUAUUUACAAAAGUUCGAAAAGACCUGGAAUGUUUUGUGAGAUAAUAUUUGGUGUGGUAUGGAGCCCCAUAUGAUCAUGUUAUUCAUUUAAUUGGACAUUCUAAUUUCUGAUGCAUGAUAGUACACAGAAUGAUUGUUAAACACGUGUGUGUGUGUGUGUGUGUGUGUGUGUGUGUGUGUGUGUGUGUGUGUGUGUGUGUGUGUGUGUGUGUGUGUGUGUGUAUAUAUAUAUAUAUAUAUAUAUAUAUAUAUAUAUAUAUAUAUGUGUGUGUGUGUAAUAACGUCCACCUCUGAUCUCUUGUCAGUAUGGCCUGCCAAUCGGAUGGAUGCACACAAAACUAUGAGACAUUAAACAUGUACAACUGUAGAGUUUUGUUUAUUAUUUUGAAUAAUGUGUCACAUUUUUGCAACCUUGACACAGCUCAUUUUGUUUUGCUAUGACACAGUGGUCACUGAUCAGUCAAUCUCCCCCCUGUUUGUCUGACUGUCAGAGACUUCCAGCUCACCUUUUGAGCGAAGCCUGGGAGCCAAGCCUAGUUCCUAGUUCCUACCCCAUACCAAAAUACCCAUCUUUGAAAGUUCCAAUGUAAAAUAGCACUCUUUUUUGUCUAAAUUCAUCUUUAUUUGCCAUAAUUAUUGGAGAAAAAAAAACAUGUAUUAUCUUUUACAAUGAGAACCAAACAUGCUUUCCUGUCCUCUAAACAAUAAAAUUAGCCUUGUAUUUUUAUAUACUGUAGUUGACACAUGAUGAUGAUUAAAUGACUAAUGGUUUCUCUCACCAGUACCUUGCACUUAACACAUGUAGCAAUAUUUACACUUAAUAAAAAAAAUACACAGUAUUUGUUAAGUAAAACUUGUUCAUUUCCUUGCUGGUUGAUGCUCCAUUUUGUACAAUAUAUAUGCUGUACAGUAAAGAAAUAUUAAAACAAACAAAAAACUCUUUUAGAUAUACAUUAUUUAUUUUUACCAUUUUGUAAUUUAGACGCUAUACUGUAGUUACUAUAUUGCCAGAAUUACUGGAAGUGCCUAUUGGUAUUAUGUGUACUAUACAGUGAAUAUGUUUUGAGAUCAGUAGAAGUUGUCACACGAUGAACAAUGUGGAUGUUGUGAUGUGAAAUACAUUGAAUUACAAUACUUUAAUUUCUGUGGUA